CUGUAACCCUCCUGUCUUCUUUCCCUAUUUCUGCUUCAACCCCCAGACCCUAGCCACCUCCCCUUCUCAUAUACCUCACUCACACACACACACACCUCACACUCACAGGGCUACCAUUCCCAGACCAGUCACCAUGGCCGACAAGAAGGGUGCUACUACCAACAGCAAACUGAUGGUGAGGAAGAAAGAGAGGACAACAAAGACAGCGGUGGAGAUCAAGAAAGAGGUGAAGACGGAGAUGAAGAGGGAGGUGAAGUCAAGUUUAGUGAAGAAAGAGGAAAAGGUCCUGGUGGUUGGGGAGAAGGUGGAGGGGAACAGAGAGGUCCCAAUGGAGGAGGGAGCCACAGCUAAUAAAGACAUGGCUAAUGGGGCGGUGGAGGCUAACGAAGCAAAUGGAGAGUACGAACCCAUUGAGCUGCCUCCUUGGGAGAUCAUGGAAGGGGACCGCAUCGACCCGUUCACAUUCAAGUUCCAGUUCAAGAAUGUGGAGUACUCGUCAGGUCGUAACAAGACGUUCCUGUGUUACCUGGUGGACAAGGGGAAAACUGAUGAUGGUCUGAUGAGAGGUUACCUGGAGGAUGAACACUCAGGAGCCCACGCUGAGCAGGCCUUCUUCCUCCAGACUCUCCCAGACUACGACCCUGCUGUUAAAUACACUGUCACCUGGUACAUGUCAUCCAGCCCCUGUGCGGCCUGCGCGGCUAAGAUCGCAGAGGCCCUCCGGGCAAGGAAGACCAUCAAGAUGACCCUAUUUUCAGCCCGGCUGUUUGAGUGGGAGGAGCAAGAGAUCCAAGCGGGGCUAAAUGCUCUGUCUCAAGCGGGGUGCAAGCUGAGGAUGAUGAAGCCCAUGGACUUCACCUAUGUCUGGGACACUUUUGUAGAGAACAACGACCUAACGUUCACCCCUUGGGAGGACUGCCAGGACAACUAUGAGUACUACCACGAGAAACUGGCCGACAUCAUGCAGUGAUCACAAAUUCACCCAUCACCUGCCACCUCCACUAUCCCAGCAUCGUCAGUGAUGUGAGCAGUUUGUGUGCUUGUGCGUCAAGCCAUCCUGCUCUACAUCCCUUUAUGAAGCCAGCUCCAGACCAUAUGGAACUCUCUAUCCCAGCUUCCACUCUCCGUUCUGGAGUCCUCACAGGACACGUGUUUGCUGGUUCAUCUGUGGAUGAAUUGUCAAUGUCAAGAUGAAGGCUUUGCAAUGAUGCACUCCUGGGUUAUAAUUCAAGUAUAAAUUAUCUAUUAUUUUUAUUACAAUUGAAGUUAUAAUAAUUUGUCCUUCUCCUUCUGUGUCCUCGAAGGAUGUUUCCUACUGUAUCUGCACAAAUAUAAUUUUUCAUAUCUGCACUAAUGUUUGCUUCUUCAAGGGCAACAUUCAGGGGGCUAGAAGUCUCUCCACUGACCUCUUGUGCUUGUGGCUGGUCUCCCCAGACUGAUAGCCAGCAGGGCUGGUUGAGGGCAGGGGAGAGGCCCGGGGUGUAGCCCGGGACGGGGUUGAGGGCAGGGGAGAGGCCCGGGGUGUAGCC